GGGAGAGGGCGAAGGUGAUUCAGCAAAGGAGAUGGAAGGAGGGAUGGAUGACAUGAUUUCCACGCUUGCUGGUGCAGCUUCUGCCCUGCCAGUCCACCGACAUGGCCAGAGGUACCACGCCACAGCUCUAAUUUCCUCAAGAUUACUGCUGCAUUCGGUAGGUCCCUCGCUUGUUCAGCAAGCAGGCCAGACAAUUCUGGAGGUCGUCCCUUGCCUCCAGUGUCUACGUCGUUUGUCGUGCGUCAUAAUUCGGAAGCCUUCGCCAUGAUGGUGGCUCUGGACGAUGCAAAAUUCCAGAGAGACAAGUGACUGCUUUCUGCCGACGCGAACUCAAUAAGCGUUAAUUUAGUGCACCUCCGGUUAUCCUAUUAUCUGCUUUCUCAGUCUCCACCGUCCGAUAAUCGAGUCGCCGUCAUGGGUACUUCCAUGGAUCCUGGCGAUGCCACGUCGGUACCGGAGACUAUCGAGGACUGGUACGAUGACGUCACCACCGUGACGCCUUCCUCUAACGAUCCCCGUCGAAGCACGACCAAUGAGUAUGCCACGCUCCGGCGUCGACUGUCGAUGCGUCAGCAGUCCAUGCGCCAGCAGUCGCCACAUCAGCAGCAAUCCUUCACGAGCUCGCAAUCCUUUGCCUCCUCGCUGCACAGCUCUACUGCUAGCAGCAGGGGGAGCACGCCGUCAGGGGGAGGCUCGAGCUUCGUUAGUGCGAUCCCGGGUUUCGCUAGUAGCACGUCCGACACUGCCGCUGCGCCAAAGUUGUACCAGGUCGGUUCGAUCAAAGAAUGCGCCGAGGAGGAGGGGGAAGAAGCGGAGGGGGAGGCGCCAGCGCACGCCCGGGAAGCUAGCGGGGGAAGCGGAGCAGAUGGGGGGAACAGAGGAACGGCCCGGGGGGAAACUAACGGGCAAGAGGCGCUCAAGGGGGAAAGCGGGGGGGGGACAGCGCCUGGGAGAGGCAGUGAAGGGGAGGAUCAAGCGAGCAACGGUCGGCGAAUGGGGAGGGCGAAGCUCGGGAGAGUGAGCUUCGCUGCUGGCACGUGGCACGUCGGUGUCGACGACGAUAACGAGGAGGACAAAAACGAGGACGUGGCACAGCACAACGACUACAGUGGCGGAAGCAGUACCAGUAACAAUGUAGCGCUCGGCGGUGGACGCAUGAGGGCGAGCUUUGGUCCUCCUGGCGCCAGCGGUGAUUCCGAAGACGACAACGAGCCCGCCGCCUCCUCCGCGUUCUACAACGAGCUGCUGGGCAUCGGGGAGGCGCCGCUGAUCAACCUCAUUCGAAGGUACCACGAGGCCCUCCAGGCGCACGGGCUGGACGGCGAGGCACGGCAGAUCGCCGCGUCCGCCGCUGCCAGGCUCGUCAGCAUCAAGAGCAUGGCGCGAGGCGGGGAGGAGGACGGGGAGGAUGGAGAGGUGGAGGGGGAGGGGGGCGGGAGCGGGAGUGGAGGAUGGUUUGCGGGGGUGGGUGGAGGGAUGAUGGGGCGAGGGGAAGCGGGAGGCGGGGUGGGGGUGGAGUCCCACGAGGACGCGAUGAGGAGCGAGGUGGUGGUGCGGGAGGGGCUGCAGAGGUACCUCAUCGCCAUGCAGCCGCACCUGCUGUGCGCGCAGCCGCAGGUGGUGGCAUUCAGCCACGUGGCAGUGACGAGGAAGGUGGAGGUCAUUCCGGAUCAGAUCAAGAACUGCCUCAACGCGCCGUACUUCAAGCUCAAGUCCAUCACGGGGUGGCAGAAGAAGGAGACCGUUCAAGUGCUCAACGAUGUCUCGGGCUUCCUCAUGCCAGGGACCCUCACACUUCUCCUUGGAACCUCAGGCAGCGGCAAGACAACCCUCAUUCGCCUCCUAUCCGGCCGGCAGCCCCCCACUGCCGGCUCCGUCACCUUCAACGCCCUCCCUGUAACCCCCUCGCGCGCGCACCGCCUAGCUGGGGUGGGCUUCGAGGCGGACUGCCACCUGCCGGCGCUGUCGGUGCACGAGACGCUCUCCUUUGCGCGGCAGUGCUCUUUCCCGCUGUCAGUGCAGCAGCUGCUGCAGCACCCCAUGCUGGGCAAGGCGCUGAGGGCCAGCAUUGAGCGUGGCGACGACCCACUUGUGGCGUCCAGGGAAGCCAUGUUUGGGCUCACCAGGCGGGCCCAAGUGAAGGUGGGGUCGGGCAGGCUCUCCAGGGACGAGGUGCACCGGCUGACUGCGGCUGAACUCAUGGUCGGGGCUUACCCGGUGCUGCUGUUUGACCGCAUCAGCCAGGUGUACGACGGGCCCUCCACCCACAAGACUCUCACCAUGCUGCGCACCCACGCCCAGGUGCGGCAGCACGCGGUGCUGUGCUCACUGCAGUGGCCCACUCAGGCCGUCUUCUCCCUCUUCGACCGGGUCAUCGUGCUCAACCAGGGCCAAAUCGUCUUCCAGGGGCCGUGCCAUGCGGCUCUCAGGCACUUCCAGGCGCUGGGGUACCUGAAGCCGCUGCACAUGUCGGUGCCGGAGUACCUGCAGCAUGUCACCACGGAGGGGGGGGGGGCCCUCCGAUCGGGCAAGAAGAAGCUGCUGCUGGACGGAUUCGUGCGGGCAUAUAAGAAGUCUCCUUAUUACAAGAACAUUCUUCGUGUGACAAGCUCUCCCGCGCCUCUCCUCCUCCUCUGGAUCUCUGGGCCGGCGCGCCACGUCCUUUCCCGCGUCCGCUGUGCCCUCGCUGACGUGGCACCCGACGCUCUGUCAACCCUGGAUGGCGGGGAGUCAAAUGGGGAGGAACAGAAGAACACAGCAGCGGAGAGCAAAGGAGAAGCAACGCCACACCCCUACCAAGCAGUGGUGGUCACAGAGGCGCGGGUCUUCUUUGAAGGGGCGGGGGGGGGAGGGCAUCUGAAAGAAGGGGUGGAGGCAACAGGGCCAGUGUGUGUGGGGGAUGUGGUGGUGGCUGUGACGGUGGGGGAGAGGGGUGAAAUGGAGUAUGCGAGCUAUGCGGGGGGGGAAGUGCCGGGGGACGAGCUCAUGGGCAUGCUGGAGGAGCUCAGGGACAGCAGCGCCUGGCUGCACCUCGAGCUGCAGCGCCCGCUCACUAUAGUCACACAGGCGAGUGACACCACACAGGAACCAACUUCAAAAGACACCACCACCCAGGGCACCGCCACUGAAGCCGCUGCCAGCACAGACGCUACGAAGCAGGACAGCGAGCAGCUGCUGCCUCGCGCGCAGCCAGCCGAUGACCUGGACUUGGACCUCGAGGCAGGCCUCCCCCAAGCACCCACUGCUGCUCGCCCCACGCCCACCACUGCUGCAGGCCUGGGCUCUAGCACCCAGGGUAAUGGCAUGGGCAGCCCUGCCGUAGCCGGCCAUGACAAUGCUGAUGAAAGCCGCGCUCCUCUAGUUGACUGCACUGCCGGGCUCCUCGCUUGUUCCAGUCUCUCGGGGUCAGGGCCUAAUGGUGGAGGUUCAGGGCCUGGGGGGGAUGAUGUUGGGGGGGAGCGUGGAGCAGCAGCGAGCAGCAGCAAGAGCAGCAGGCCAGCGCUGAGAAUCCAGUCGCUGCCGCGGGCCAUCCCCCGCGGCAUCUCCUCCGCCUUCAAGACCCUCAGCUUCGCAGCACUGCGAGGCCGCAGCAGCUUCAGCAGCAAGGCGUUCCUGCAGCUCCCAGGAAUGGGCGUGGAGGCACUUAAAGCCAUGAACCUGUCAGCUGCGGCUGCGGCGUCGAGGGCAGCAGCCAUGGCGGGGCUGUGGGGGGGCGCGAAUAGGGAGCUGCUGAGCAAGGAGCUCAUUCUGGAGCCGUGGCCCGAGUUCAAGCUGCUGCUGCAGCGGCAGCUGAGAGUGAACCUGAGGAACCGGAGCUUCAUUGCUGCGCGGCUGCUGCUGGUCACCCUCUUGGGCCUAUUCGUGGGUUUCGACUUCUUCCAGCUCCCAGCAGACCCCCCGUCCUUUGCGCAUCUGAAUCUGCGGCGCGGCGUGAUGCAGAUCUCGCUGAUCACCAUGACCGUCAACAACGUCAGCCUGCUGCCGGGCUACAUGCUGGAGCGCCAGGUCUACUUCAAGCACCGCAGCGCACGCUUCUUCCGCACACGCUCAUAUGUGCUCGCACAGCUCAUCGCCAGCUUACCACUCUCUAUAGUCGAGGGGGCCGCGGCUGCUGAUUGGGUCGGUGACGGUGGCGUCACAGAUCCAUACAGCACCCGAGUCUCGGUCUCGGAUUGCCAAUUCAGUGGUUUGGUCGCCAAUUGGGGUGUAGAUGGCAGUUUCUUUCACGAUGAUGAACUGUGCAUCCCGCGCCAUGCGGAUGCACUCGUCCCGAAGUGCAUUGUGCGUGUCAGUGCGCCCGUGCCCCGUCCCACAGCAGAACAGGUGAUUCGGGAGCCGGGGGUCGGGGAUUUCCACCCGCUUGGCCCAGUUGCAGACCCCCGGGGCCGGGAAGGGGAGGCCCAGGCGAAAGGCUAGGGCGAUCGCGACGUGCGGGGGCGCAAGCCGGAGGGAGGGGAACAGGGGGAUGGCCAGGAGCCAGUCCCCCACGCCAUACCUCGUGAGGGAGAAGAGGCGCUGCGUAUGGCCGCUGUUGGGGUUUGGCGCCAUGCUGCGGCUGGCCUCCACAUGGUCGGCAUAGCGGGCCGCCUGGACCUCCAGAGAUAGGCGGUGCUGCAAGGGUACAU